CCGGAAAUGACGUAAAGACAAUAACGGAAGUAAUCAGGAGUGAAUCCCCUCGAUUCGCCAUUGUUCCUUCUGUAGGCGAGCGGAGGAAAGAUCCAUUAAAAUGGUGAAAAUUUUCGUGGGGAAUCUGCCCCGAGAGGCAGACCAGGAUGAAAUCCAGUCACUCUUCACUCAGUAUGGCACCGUCACAGAAUGCUCCAUCAUCAAGAACUUCGCCUUCGUCCACAUGGACGACCGGAAAGCUGCCACGAAAGCCAUCAAGAGUCUGCAUCUCUACAAGCUUCACGGCACACCAAUCAACGUUGAGGCCAGCCAUGGGAAGAAUCAGGGUUCAGUCAAACUGCAUGUGGCUAAUGUAGAAAAAGGCGCCGAUGAUGAACUCCGUGCUCUGUUUGAAGAGUAUGGCACGGUCACAGAAUGUGCUGUUGUCAAGAAUUUUGCUUUUGUACACAUGUCUAAUUCUGAUGAAGCCAUGGAUGCCAUCAAGGGACUGGACAACACUGAAUUCCAAGGCAAACGCAUCCAUGUCCAGAUCUCAAAGAGCCGCCCCAGACAUGAGGAGCGUGAAGACUACCCACCUCUACCUCCAGACAGGGGGGGUUACUGGCCCCCACGAUACCCCGGGGAGAGGCACGAGCCUCCCCCACCCAACUACCUGAGAGGCCGCCUUAGCCACAUACCCCCAGGUUACCCCGCCCCUCCUCUGCCACCCCCUCCCCCUCGACGAGCUGUUUACCCAGACCGCCCCUACGAGGGGGAGAGGGACGGCUACGGAGUGGUAGAUUACUAUGAGAAAUACAGAGCCCGUCCGUAUGGCCUGGCCUCCUACGAGGACAGACGGGCCGGCGCCCCUCCUCCCCCUCCCCCCUCGGCCGUCGUGCGAGAGCGUCUCAUGCCCUCGUCGCUCGACCCUUACGAGCGUCGGCCCCUCCCCCCUCCUCCGUCCUCGUACUACGCCCGUGACCGUAGCCCCCUCAGGAGAGCGCCUCCUCCGCCGAUGGCCCCCGCCAGUAACGGCUACUCCUACGAGCGCUCACGUCUCUCCCCCGUUUCCAGGGUCCCUGCAUACGGAGUUCCUCGCGCCAGGGACCCCUACACGGAACGGUUGCAACCGCCACCGUCUGCACGCUACGGUUAUUAAGCGAGGCUCCGGCGUGUGAAAUCAAGGUUUUAACUAUCCGACAGGAUCGUCGUCCGACUGCGUCGCCGCACGCCGUCUUCUGAUGCACGUGACACUAUCCUCUCCCUGUCUGGCUGAGCGCGUUACGUUCCCCUGCAACGCUCACAGGAGGAACUGUAUUGCCGACGUCCCCCGUCUAUGUUGUUUUUUUAAACUUUUGGGACACUUUUUAAACUCGUAUUGUUUUGCCCUGUUUUAUUUUGUCAUUGUGCUGUAGUUACUUUAACUCUCAAAGGCUUAGUUAGGCGUGCUUUUUUUAACUUGACGUUCUAAUAAUUAGUGUAAUGAUAUAGUGUGUGACAUAGGAACCUGAAUCCUUCAGUGCCACUUAGAUGCGAUGUUUGUGACUGUAGAUUGAAUUGCACUGACUCAUGUUAAUGUUGGUAUGAACUCAAAAAUGCACGUUAGUUCCAUCAUCUUUACGCCUUCCCAAUUAAGGCCAUGAAAACCAGCGUUUGGCGGUAUUGUGAACAUUUAAACUGCUACGACUUAAAAGCAAAACUUAAUAAACUUGGAAAGUGACUGUUCGUAGUUUAGUUACCAUAAAGCGUUCAUAUGUACCUGUCCAUUGUGGAAGCUGUUUUCAAUAAAGAUCUGACUUGCAGUGAUGCUAAUGAUAAUAUUAGAUAUGCUCAAAAUCAUAGCCUUCGUUAACAGCUCACCAGAGUGACUUCCUCUUAAAUCCAGCCGUACACUUUGACUGGACUAUGAAUAGGCAACCUGCCUCAAAAUUGAAUUAAUCGUUAAUUCAUCCUCAAGUGGAGAAUAAUAUAUUUGUCGCUACGUUGAUUCAUUCAAUAUUUCUUAAUGUCUGGAAUGCCCCAGUCUUUAUCUCUUACCAUGUGAAAGAUUCCCCAUGUCACAGCUCAGGUGGGUUGGGGUUAAUGUUUAAUACAUUACCUCCAUAAGCCACCAGGUGGGAUUUCAUAGAGUUGAAACUAGUUUACACUGAAAGCAUCUAUGGAGAAAUGACACCUAAGGCUGCUAGAGGCUGUCAGAGUCAACAGGUAAGUCAAGGGGAUGAAGGGCUUUUGGAUGGUGAGAGUGGUAUAUGCAUGUCCUCAUAGUUUCUAUAGUUUGUUAUCUGGAUAUUGUAAGAUACAGGGUUCUUACACAGCUCUGUGAAAAGUCCAAAAAAAGAUUUUGAUCAUUUCUACAACUCAAAAUGUGUGGAGGUGUUGCUUAGUCCCCAUACACAAACCUCCCUUUUCUAUAGUUGUAAACCUGACAUUUCUUACAGUAUUUGUAGGGGAAUAAAAAUCCUCAGUUACAGAUAUGGCCUGAGCAGGUUGGUAACCACACUGCCCAGGCUGUCAGAAAAAAAAGCUGUGGGAUUUUGAAGUGGAGCCCUGACGUUAGCUGUUUUAGGUUGGACAAGAGGUAAGAUCAUGACAAUGGUGGGCCAAAGGAACAGACUUGACAAGGAAGUUUUUGUAGUGCAUAUGAUGUUCCAAAAUUGCUAUAUUUGUUUUUUCUCCUCAAAUUGACGAUCAGUGUUAAUGGGCAUGUGAGAAAUAUCUGCAGUAGCCUGCUUAUAAACACUUGUAUCCUACAACUAGUAAUUGUGACCUGAAUAAAUGCAUUAUUUAAAACAA